CUCUGUUGAGCAUCUUAAAGAAAUGCUGGUCAAUCAGUACAAUCAUGACUUUAAUGAAAGAUCAUCAGAGGAGAAAACUGAAAUGUCCAGAGAGGAUUUGCAUUUUAUGAAGAUUGUUAAUAACUCAACAAAACUUGUUGGAAGUCAUUAUCAUAUUGACUUACCUUUCAGGAGUGAAAGUCCCAGCUUGCCAAAUAACAUUUGUGUUGCAGAGCAGCGCCUCCAGAGCCUCAGGAGGAGAUUUGAAAAGGAUGCUCAGUACAAGGAGGAAUAUACUGCAUGUGUGAACAACAUGCUGCAACAAGGAUAUGCUGAGGCUGUACCAGCAGAUGAGCUACAGAAAGGUAAUGGACAACUGUGGUACAUUCCUCAUCAUGGAGUGCAUCAUCCCACAAAAGGCAAGUUAAGAGUUAUAUUUGAUUGUGGAUCAACUUAUAAAGGAGCAUCACUGAACAGUCAGCUUCUGCAGGGACCUGACCUCACAAACUCUCUGGUUGGAGUUCUCAUCAGAUUUAGAAAAGAGCCUGUUGCAUUGAUGGCUGACAUCGAUGCCAUGUUUCACCAAGUGUAUGUCUCUGAGAAACAUGUCAACUUUCUCCGUUUCCUGUGGUGGAAACAUGGUGACACUUCAAAACCUGCACAGGAGUUCAGGAUGUUGGUUCAUUUAUUUGGAGCAGUGUCUUCACCAAGCUGUGCAAAUUAUGCUCUGCAAAGAACUGCUGAUGAUAACGUACAACAGUUUCCAGCUGAAGUGGUUGAUACAAUCAAAAAUAACUUUUAUGUGGAUGACUGUUUAAAAUCUGUUCCCACAGAUGAAGAUGCAGUGCACAUGGUGAAGAGGCUGACAGAGCUCUGCUCUAAAGGAGGAUUCAUGCUUUCAAAGUGGGAAAAGCAAGAGUUGCUCCUUUGAAGCAAACAACAAUCCCCAGGUUGGAACUGACAGCUGCUGUUCUUGCUGUCCGAGUGAAUAAACUGCUGCAAAAGGAGCUGCAAAUACAGUUGGAAAAACCGGUUUUCUGGACUGAUAGUACAACGGUACUAAAAUACAUCUCCAGUGAAACCAGAAGAUUUCACACCUUUGUUGCAAACAGAAUCUCUGUCAUCCGAGAAGCAACAGAUGUGAAUCAGUGGAGAUAUGUUUCCUCCAAGGAGAAUCCUGCAGAUGAUGCAUCCAGAGGCAUGACAGCUGAGGAGUUCCUCAAAUGCAGGAGGUGGAUAAA